AUGGAGGAUGGUGGGAGAGCCCACACUGCCAUUGUUGGCUGGGCCUGCACGACCCUGUGCUUGGUGUCCUACGCGGCCGCCUUCUCGCAGGGCGCGAGCCUUUCCGCCUGCAGCGACAUGAUGCCCAGGCACCUGAGGGUGCAGCUGCACAGCUCCAACAGCAACUACGUCACUCUCCACACCAACAUGUCCUUCUUCUUCCCGGGAGACAAGGUGCCAGUGACAGUAAGAAGCACCCGGGAUUACAUGGGCUUUAUGCUGCAAGCUCGCAAAGUGUCCAACAAUGAAAUCGCUGGCACGUUCAUCUUCCUGCCCCCCGGUUCCAAGCUGCUGACUUGUUCUGAAGAUGGUGACACUGUCACACACUCGGACAAGUCACUGAAGAGAAACCUGUCCUUCGUAUGGAAAGCACCAGACCAACCCAUUGGAGACAUCAAGUUUUUCAUCUCUAUAGUCCAGUCAUACUUUGUUUACUGGGCAAAGAUUGAAUCUGCUGUUGUGGCUCAGGGAGGGCAAAACAAGACCCUUGCUGACAACAAGCCUGACAUCGCAGCCCCCACACCCCUGCAGGGACCAGCUGACCCUCACCCCACAGGUCCCAUCUCUCCUGCAGCUGCCACUGGCUCCCUGCUGCCUGCCAGCCCCAGUGGCAUCGUGGCAACACCAGCACCAGAGCCAGGUUUUGGUGUGGGGUCGGAGACUCGUCCCGUUGCUGAGCCAAAGCAGCCGGCCCGGACUUCGCGGGCUGUGUCCGGCAGGAGUAUCCGGUCCAGAGGCAGGGGACUGGAGCUGUCCCUUCCCACCCAAGAUGCUGGAAUGGUGGAUGCAUUGCAAGGUUCCCUCUCCCAGAACAAUGCCUCCAGCUACAGCACCUUCAAUGGAUGUGACUACAGGCUGCUGGAAAUGUGUGUGCUUAGAGAUACAGGACACAGAAUUAACAGGGGCAGUACUGAGAGUGGGACCAUCCUGAAAGCCUCCCCACGUGUGACAGCGACUCCCUCUGCCCUGCACGCGCGCACUCACCCGGGCGGCAUUGCUGCAACCACAGCCUGGCUUGGUGAUGCCAGCACUGCUGGCAAUUUGUCCUCGGCAUCAAGGCAAAUGGCAGAAAGAGAGCUGGCACCGCAGCCAGAGGAGGCAGGCACCAGGGCUGAGGACGACAAGGAUGAGCAGAAGGAAGCUGGGAAUACCCUGCCUUGGGUGACCAGACCAGCUCCCGAAUCUGCUGUUCCCGGGAGAGGGGAAGGCCCUGGCAGAGGAACCCGACUCCUUGCAGCCCAACUUGGCAUCCUCCUGGUCUGCACGGCCGCGCUGGGCCUGCUGCUGGCAGCUGCCAUGCGCUGUGUCUGUGCCCAGCACUGCCACAAGCGGGCUGAGGUGUCCUUCAGCGAGCCCGACCCCGACAUCAUCGCCAUCACGGAGAACGGGAAGGUGAUGCACUUCCGAAAGAUCCGGGACAACAGCUUCGUGCUGGUGCCAGCUGAGUGCAACUGGGUCAGCCCCUCGAGCAGCACGAAGAAGACUGUGGUGGUUUAG